GCCUGCCGAGCUGUAGCGUCCAUGUAAAAGAACCAUCAUUGAAUGAUUGUGUGGACUCUGAUUUGGCUUCAAUUUCUGUUUGUAAUUUUUCUCUCCCUAAGGCAACUUCUUAAUCUCUCUCUCUACAUUUUCUCCACUCGGUUUCCUCCGAAAAUCGCUGCAAUCCCUGUCCUCAUUACCGGGCAGGCCUCCAUGGCUGAAACUGAAAGUGGUCCAGAAAUUGACAUAAAAGCUGCAAAAGAAGCACUUGGAGCUCAGCAAAAGCUUCUGCAGAAGCUUUAUGCUGAGCUUGAUAAAGAAAGAGAAGCCUCCGCGGUUGCAGUUAGUGAAGCCCUAUCGAUGAUCCUGCGUUUGCAAGAAGAGAAAGCUGCUAUGAAGAUGGAAGCGAGCCAGUAUCAGAGAAUGGCAGAGGAAAAGAUUUGCCAUACUGAGGAUUCUCUUGCUAGUUUUGAAGACAUUAUAUAUCAAAAAGAAAUGAUAAUCGCUUCUCUUGAAUACCAAGUCCAAGCUUAUAGGUAUAAACUCUUGAGCUUAGGUGGCUCUGAUUUGGGUCCUUGUGAAUUUAAAUUUGAAGACAGCUUUUUGCUUCAAAAAAAUGACUCGGCUCCAAAGAGGGAAAUUGGUGCAAAUAGUAGCUUGAGAAGAAUAAAAUCUCUGCCUCUGACUCAACCCGAUCAGUUGUAUUUCUUAAAAAAUGGUGCAGAAAGUGAGACAUUUGAGAAUCUUAAACUGGAUCGCUAUACUGAUAGUGUGGAAAAUCCCGACAGCAGUUGUUUGUGGGAACAAAUCAAGAUGUUAGAUGAACAAGUCAAAGAGAUAUCUGACUUUAAAGGAUAUGCUGAAGAUAAAUCUGAAAGUUUGAAUGGUGGGAUUGAUGUUUCCCCUUCGCAUAUUCAAGAUAACCCUGAUGAAUCAAGGGGAGUUAAUCCCGAUGUAAGCCCGAAAUGUGGCAGUUCGUCGAGCAUUCAAGAUAUUUUCGAGAUCCCCGAGGUGAACCAGAAUCUUAAAGCUUGUCAAAGUCGGAUCCAACUUCAGAAAAAGUUGAUUUUUGAAGGCGAGAGUAGGCUAGGAAAGCUGGAUUCAGUACCAAUAGAACCAAAGUUGAUUUUUGAAGGCGAAAGUAGGAUUGGAAAGCUGGAUUCAGUGCCAAUAGAACCAUUCAAACUGCUUCCUAAAAGUCUUGAGCAAGCCAAGGCAAAGAAAGCUUCCAGUGUCAAAAGCCUCAAGAACAAAUCAUCAAAAUCAAGGAAAGGAAAAGCUAUAGGCUCUGGCACGACUCCUGCUCGCCAACAGAUCGAUGAAAUUGUUGCUGAGUCUCAACCUUUUCAACAAAUCUGUCGCGUAAUAGAGCAGUUCGAACGGAAUAGAAGUAGUACAAGGCAAGAGAUUACAAGUGUAGGGGCAGAGGAGAUGAGACUGCUGAAGGACAUACAAGACCAGCUGAAUUCUAUUCAAUCUGAGAUGAAAAGUUUGAAAAUAAAGCACCGCCCCUCGCUGGACAACAAGAUGUUUGAUAUUCUGCAAGAGGCAAUGCUAUACUUCUGGUUUUGAUCAAGCCUUGUGUUCUCUCUAUCUUGUCAGCCUACCGCCACAAAGUUUAACAAAAGUUUCGGUUUUGACUGUGAGUUUCCUUGAUGAUUCUGAUCGAGUGUGCCUUUGAUUUUCUUUAACAGAUGGUAUAGAGUGGAUUUUGAGUUCAUAUGAUGUGUAAGAAGAUGUAUAGAUCGGAUGCUAUACUGUACAUAAAUCAGUACAUGACAGUACAGGAGCAUGUCCUUAACAGAAAUGUAUUAAGGCACUCGUUGCUCAUUUGCCUCUAAUCUUGAGUGAAAUUUAGUUGUGCUUGUUACUGAA